GUGUGACCCGGAAAAACAACAGUCUGAGCACAAGAAGCAGUCCUGUAGUUUAAUCAGUUGGCGUCUGAUGUUUUAAAGUCAGGCGACGUUAAGAACUCCACUUCCUCCUUUUUUAAAUGUGAUAGUUUGGAUUUUAUUUUAGUACCUUGUCAUUCGACUUCUCUUCCAUGUCUUCCUCCAGUCGCCUGAGACAGUACCUGCAUGAUGAAGGACCUUUAAUCCUGGAUGGGGGACUUGCAACUGAACUAGAAGCGCAAGGAAUCCAUUUACAGGGAGAUCCUUUGUGGAGUGCGAGGCUCCUGCACACGAAUCCCCAGGCCAUAAGAGAUGCUCAUUACAGGUAUCUCCUCAGUGGCGCCGAUGUUGUCACAACAGCCACAUACCAGGCGAGUGUCACAGGAUUCAUCGAUCACCUGAACGUAACGUCUGAACAUGCCAGAGAGCUGCUGAUGUCUGGAGUUCAACUCGCCAAAGAGAUGACGGACAGAUUCGUCUCUGAAAGAUGUUCAACAGGGCAGAUGCGUCCGCUGGUGGCAGGCUCUGUUGGACCGUACGGAGCCUUUCUGCACAACGGAUCAGAGUACACAGGGGCUUAUGCAGAGAAGAUGAGUAUUGAGGAUCUUAAAGGUUGGCAUCGGCCUCAGGUGGAGUGUUUAGCAGCAGCAGGAGCUGAUCUUGUCGCCUUCGAGACGAUCCCGAGCAUCAAAGAGGCGGAGGCCGUGGUGGAGCUGCUUAGAGAGUUUCCAAACUGUGACGCCUGGCUCUCCUUCUCUUGUAAGGAUGGGAAGCAUAUUUCAGACGGCAGCCGGUUCACUGACGCGGUGCAGAUCGCUAACAGAUCCACUCAGCUGGUGGCUGUGGGAGUGAACUGCUGCCCACCGGAGCUGGUGGAGCCGCUACUGGACUCUGCCGGGUCUCUGCUGAGCCCUGACCUGAGCUGGGUGGUUUAUCCCAACAGUGGAGAGGACUGGAACACACAGCAGGGGUGGCUCACAUCGGAGAAAAGGUCAGCAACGAUACCUAAACUUGGUCACACAUGGAGGAAGCAAGGUGCAGCUUUGAUAGGUGGUUGCUGUCGAAUUGGUCCCGCUCACAUAGCCGAGUUAAGACAGGAGCUGAAGGGAAGCUGCAUGUCUGCAAAGCGACUGGACUGAAAGUGAAACUGUGAUGGAUGUCAAAGAAAGACGUCUGUCCCAAGAGUUUAUAAAAAAUCUUAAUUUAUUGUAAAAUUAAAUAAAUAAACCACUACAUCAAAUCACAGACAUGACAAGUAUGUUGCGUCAAAGACAAAUGGCACCACGAAGGUGUUUGAAGAACAAAGUGUGGCUGAAUAUAAAGAUGGAAAUAAACCAUGCAGGCUUCAACUUC